AUGCCUUCCAAACCGCUGUUCAGAGGUGGAGAGGAGGAUGAGUCUAUGGACGUGCGUUCCACCUCCCCGGAGCAUGCUGGGCAGAGCAGCGGGUCUCGAGCAAAAGCAUCAUCGCAGCGCAAAGGUACUCCCAUCAGUCGACCCGACAGCAACAUCUCUGCUUCCCCAGAUCGCGCACUUUCGGAGAGCGAGAUGAACGUGGGUGAGGGGGCCGCGGCAGACAUGCUCCGGCAAGCAGCAGGAGAAGCUUCAUCCUCGACAUCCGCAUCAGCAGCUGCGCCAACAUCUCCACCGAAAUCGUCCCUAUCAUCGCCCAAAAAGUCCGAAGCGUCUCUUCGGCAAGAAGAAGAGUCGCGCGACCCUUCCCUCUUGGCAUCUCUGCCCGUCUAUCUCUCCUCUUCCCUUCCCGCAUCUUCUCGUCUCUCGCUCUUCCAAUACCCCACCUAUCCGCGCGGUCAACCUCUGCCAAUCCCCGACUCGGCACGCUCAAGGGGUCUCUCCGAAGCGGCUCGCUGGAGGCCCAAGGCGAAUCGCGUCGAGGUGGAGCUGCCGCUAGAUCUGCGUCCCGUAGUGUACAACAUGGACAAGGGGCAGAAUAUGGCGAUGGGCGCGGAGCAUGGCGGCACGUUUGGAAAGGAUUCGAGCGCUGGUAGCUCUGCGAUGGGCGAUGAUCAAAGGCGAGUCAAGGUGAAGAGGGAAAAGGAAGAGCCUGCGAAGAUCAAGAGGUUGGAGAGGACGCGAUUAGAGAGCUCCUUGGUGCCCAACCAGACCAAGUACAUGGUCGGGGUCAUUCGUGAUGGCGCUCUCCAUCUCACCCCCCUGGACUCGGUACUUCAGCUGCGCCCCUCGAUGCACUAUCUAGAUGGACUAGAUGUGCAAGCCCGCAAAGAAGCCAAAGCCGAUCGAGGCGAGGAGGACGAUUCGGGAGGCGAGGGCGGGGGCGGUGCGGCUGGUGCGGCUGGCAAAGGCAACGGUUCCGCAAGCGCGGCUGCGGCGAAGAGAAGCAUCGUCAAUGUGACCAGUCGAUCGGGAGAGGAUACGAAGCAGAACAUUAUGAGGACUCAGCACGAGGCAGAGGCGGAGAGCUGGAUCGAGCUCGCGUGGAAGACGGAAGAGACCAGCGAAGCUCAAAAGGUUUUCGAAAGCCAGCUCUUCGCUUCCACAAAAACGCCAUUGCAGUGCACCACGAAGAUGAGGGAGUUUUUGCCGAGCGGUAUAGAAGGCGAGUGA